AUGCUCCAUCUGUGCAAGGUGAGUGUGCUGUUGUGGUAUGCGUUAGACUGAAGCGUUUAGUACUACCAGGUUGACGUGAACAUGUAUUUGUUUUGUUUGCACUUGUAGGUUACAUGUCGAAUCUGUUAAACUGUUUCAGGGUUUUGGUCAAGUGUCCCAUUUUGAAAUCAAAUUCCAUUUGUAGCUGCUGAACAAUGGUAAGCUGAAGUGUUUAAUAACAAAAUAAAUAUAAUGGUAUUUUCAAAUGAGACCUAUUUUGAGCUUUUCUCUGGAGUUAUGUUUACACUAUAGUAUUUAGGUAAUCUCCCCCAAAAAUGUUAUGAGACCCACUUUCCCUGUCAUUGAUCCUCAAUAGUUGGGCUACAACAUGCAGUAUAGCACAUUUGAAAAAAAGUAGAAGCUAUGGACAUUGAAUCCAAUUAUUUAUUGUCUUGACAGAGGGAGUGCAUUUCUGUACACAUCGGUCAAGCAGGUGUCCAGAUGGGCAAUUCAUGUUGGGAGUUGUAUUGCCUGGAACAUGGUUUCCAGACAGAUUGAAGAAUCCAUGAGUCCAGUACUGCUUUCCUGGCUGACUCCUCAUUUGGUACCUUCUUCAGUGAGACUGGAGGUGGGAAACAUGUUCCCAGGGCUAUCUUCAUAGAUUUGGAGCCUACAGUUGUGGGUAUGGAAGACAUAGUUGAAUAGCAUGAUCUACAACCUCAAAUGGCAUGAUGUUCAUUGGCAUGUAAUGUCUUGAAUUUUGUUCAUACUGUAUAGUUUUCUUUUGUGCCUUCCCUUUCUGCAUGCGUCAAAAUAAUUUAUUCUAGAUGAGAUAAGGAAUGGACACUACCGCCAGUUGUAUCACCCUGAACAACUCAUCAGUGGCAAGGAGGACGCUGCCAAUAACUAUGCACGUGGCCAUUACACUAUUGGUACGGCGAUUGUGGAAUCUGUACUGGACAGAAUGCGUAAAAUGGUGAGUGGCUCUGAAUGUCUAAUAGCAAGUCCAUGUAUGGAGAAAUUUGGAUAAACUGUUUAAUGUGUUAUUUUCUCCUCAGGCUGACCGAUGCACUGGACUACAAGGCUUCCUCAUCUUCCAUAGUUUUGGGGGUGGGACUGGCUCUGCUUCGCUGUUGAUGGAGCGCCUGUCUGUAGAUUACGGCAAGAAGUCCAAACUGUGGAGCCCUACAACUCCAUCCUGACCACACACACCACUCUGGAGCACUCUGAUUGCCUCAUUAUCCACCAUGAAAGGGCAAUCUUUGACAUAUGCAAGUGUAAUCUUGGUGUGGCGUGUCCAUUUUACACUAAUCUGAACCGCCUCAUUGCCCAGAUCGUCUCCUUAAUCACUGCCUCCCUGUGCUUUUAUGGUGCACUCAAUGUGGACCUGACAGUUUCAGACCAACCUGGUACCUUACCCCUGUAUCCACUUCCCCCUGGUCACUUACGCUGCCAUCAUCUCCGCAGAAAGGGCCUAUCACGAGCAACUCUCUGUUCCUGAGAUCACAAACGCAUGGUAAAGUGUGAUCCUAGGCUUGGCAAGUACAUGGCCUGCUGCUUGCUGUACCGUGGUGAUGUGGUGCCCAAAGACGUCAACGCAUCCAUCGCCCACAUCAAGACCCGCAAAUCCAUUCAAUUUGUGGACUGGUGUCCCACCGGAUUCAAGGUGGGGAUCAUCUACCAGCCACCUACUGUUGUGCCUGGGGGUGAUCUGGCCAAGGUGCAGAGAGCUGUGUGCAUGCUGAGUAUCACCACAGCUAUUGCAGAGGCUUGGAGUCGCCUGGACCACAAGUUUGACCUGAUUUAUGCCAAGCAGGCCUUUGUGCACUGGUAUGUGGGUGAAGGCAUGGAGGAAGGGGAGUUCUCUGAGGCCAGAGAGGACAUGGCUGCUCUGGAGAAGGAUUAUGAAGAGGUGGGGGCAGACUGGUGA